UCUGCCUGUAUCGUCAGUGUGCCUCGCAGUCGCUCCUCCUAGCACUGCUCUGUCGUGCCCUACCUUCAUCUCCACGGGCUUGGAUAAUGAGAUAUAGGCUCCAUACUCCUCCCGCCUAAUACAAUCACAUCUGUCAACCCGAUUCUUCCUCUCCCCUACUACAUGGUCGCAACCCCUUCAGAAAACAGUCCCUGGUCUCACCCCACCUCUCUACCCGACACGUCCUCUUCCCGGCUGGCAAAACGCAGGCGAAUGGAUCACUCUUCGCCCCGCGGUAGCACCUCAAAAAUGGCCAGGCAGAUCGUUGCCGACGAAUCCGAAAUCGAUACCGCUAAGACAAAUUGCCAGGUCUUCUCUGGUAACGAAGUCGUUUCUUGCUUUCCCAAGUCCAACACGGUGAUACCCCAACACCAAUGGGCCACAUUCGUCUGGAACUCAAACCUUCCGGACUUCACUCAGACGGAUCGCGUCAACAUAUACCUUUUCCACGGCGAUUCCCAGCAGCAAAUUCUCUCAUUUCCCAACGUUGUCAACCCCAAGGGCCAGGCGGGUUCCAUAACUGCUCAGGUCAACGACUCAUGGUGGGGCAACAGAGGGACUGAUUGGAAUGGGUCGAACAUCUCCUACCCUUUCUUUUGGAUCAUGUCGCGUAGUGACCAAUCGUUGAGUGACGGCACGCAGAUACCCCAGGCUACAUUCUCAGCAGUCCAGACAACCUUUGCCGAUUCGGUUCUUGCAGCGAUGGCCACUCAGUCCACAGCAACGAACUCUGGCUCCAUCUCAGCAACUGCUACAGCUGUUCCUGCAGGCCCAUCGACCACCGGAUCUUCAUUGUCUCUCCGCUCCUCCACGAGCUCAGGCUCGCCUACAGGCACAGGCAGUGUCCAGUCCGGAACUUCGGGCUCAGGCUUCCCUCAUUGGGCGAUCGCCGUUAUCGUCGUACUUGGAUUCCUCGCGAUGGCCACGACCUGCAUACUCGCCUUUUUCAUCAUUCGUCGGAUAAGGCGCCGAAAUGCCCUCGACUCAAACCGUAACUCUAUGGGCUCCAACUCGCCGAUGAUGGCUCACGUGGGCAACUCUCCGGCUUCUCCCUUGCUCGCAGGAGCAGCUCUGGCUGGUGUCGGCGCGGGAACAGCUGCAUCCCAUGGGCAGGGCGAUCACAGUGUGGUCUCACCUGACGGUGCAUCCACAAUAUCCAGAGCAGGUAGUGCGGGCGACUCUGGACCUUUUUCGGGAGCAGAUGCUGCGAUCAUGGCCGAUGCAUUCCGCAAGGCACUGCGGAAGCCGGACUUUGCAGGCAGCCCUGUGGAGGAAGGCGAAAGCCCGAACGCCGAAACCGCGCAAGCCAAUGAAGAGGAGCUCCUCAGCAGGGAAUUGGCCGACGAAGGACGAGAUAUCCGCAGUGUGGGAUCCUCACGAGGGGUCAAGGUAGAGACGCUCAACGGCGACAGUACAGAUACUGCCCAUUAAGCGUUUCACUCCCUGCUGCGGUAUUUUCCAUCCCAUUGACAUUAUAUAGUUCCUUGUUUACUUAUUUCUCAUUUUCGCCACCAUGGACCGUUCGACGCAAUUUACUCGUAUUGGCUUCCCGGUGUCCUUUGCAAGCUCCGUAGCUAGCGUCCACUCGUUCUCUGCCUCACUCUCUAGUCUCUACUCCCAACGACCAAUGAUUACUUCCCGUCCAACUCGAGGGUCAGUGCGCACCUCGUACAUUCCCUUCUCUAUCACUAGCAGUUUCUUUUGGUUCAGGGCUUGACCACGGGCAGCGUGGCUCUGCCCUAUGUGUAAUACAAUAAACCCUUCGA